UGCCUCUUCUGCUGGAUGGAGGUCUUGUUUCUAUUUAUGCAAGUGGACUUCGCACAUUUGUAGAUACAGAUUUUGGCCUCAGUGUCUCUUAUGAUGGACGGAGUACAGUGUCAAUCACCGUACCUUCAAAUUACAGUGGGAGAACUUGUGGUCUCUGUGGAAACUUCAAUGGAAACCGAAAUGAUGACUUCAUGACUCCAUCUGAAGUGGUUGUCACCUCUCCAUCUGAGUUUGGGACUGCUUGGAAGGUGGAAGGGAACUACAGCUGCAGUGAUGGGUGUGGCACUUCCUGUCCUCAAUGUACCAAUGACCAACCUGCUAGAGCUCAGUGUGAAGUGAUUACAGCAGCUGAUGGUCCCCUCAGCUUCUGCCAUCAGCAGGUGGACCCAACGCCAUACUUCAAUGACUGUGUAUAUGAUUUCUGUGUGUCGGAAAAUCAAGGCUAUGAUCUUGUGUGCAGAUCUAUUCAGGCAUAUGUCAGUGCCUGUCAGUCUGCUAAUGUCCGAAUCUACGCUUGGAGACAAAACACUACAUGUAGCAUUGACUGUCCAGCCAACAGCCAUUAUGAGCUGUGUGGGACUGACUGUGGCCACACCUGUGCCAGCAGCAUUGAUGCCACCUGUGAGCAUGUUUGCUCUGAAGGAUGUUUCUGUGAUGAGGGAUUCCUGAGGAGUGGGACUGGGUGUGUUCCAGCGGAAAACUGUGGCUGCCAGUAUGAUGGCUCCUACUAUAGUGCUGGUGAAUCCUUUUGGACCGAUGGCUGCUUCCAAAAUUGUGCAUGCCAUGCUCCCAAUGACCUGCGUUGUUCUUCUGCAUCCUGCACCGUUUCACAACAGUGUACCAUCAGAAAUGGCCAGCUGGGCUGUUUUGAUCAGAAUUGCAUCUUUGAGGGUGAGCCUGUGCAGCUGGGUGACUCAUUCUGGAGUGACAGUACGUGUGCACAAAAGUGCACCUGCACCUCAUCAGGCCUGCAGUGUCAGAACCAGCCCUGCACCUUUUCUCAAAUAUGCCAACGUGAUGAGUUUCAAUUUUCCUGUCAAGCAAUCCAGAGGCGAACCUGCACCAUAAGUGGUGAUCCACAUUAUUAUACUUUUGAUGGGGCUGUGUUUCACUUCCAAGGCACGUGUACGUACAUUCUGUCUGAGCAAUGUGGUGAUGGACAGCCCUACUAUAGAGUAGAAGGUUCUAAUGAGCAUCGAGGCAGCACGCAUGUCUCUUGGACACGACUGGUCAAAGUGUUUGUUUAUAAUGAAACCAUUGAGCUUGUAAAAGGACGUCGUGGUGCGGCCAAAGUCAAUGGGCAAUUCAUGACCACACCCUUCUUCCUCAACAAUGGCACAGUCCAAGUUUAUGAAUCAGGUUUUUCUGUGACCAUCAGCACUGUCUUUGGAUUAGUUGUAUCCUAUGACGCAUAUCAUCAUGUGAAGAUCAGUGUCCCCUAUGGUUACCAGAAUAAGACAUGUGGCCUGUGUGGGGACUUCAACAGUCACCCAGAGGACGACUUUCGAACUCGGCAAGGCGUAGUUGUGAGCUCUGAUGUUGUCUUCGCCAACAGCUGGAAAGCACCAGGAGAAGAUGAUGAUGGUUGUGGGACUGGGUGUGGAGGUCUGGGCUGUGCUUCCUGUACUGAUGCUCAGACAGCUUUAUACGGCAACAGUGAUCAUUGUGGUAUUCUUCAGAACAGCUCUGGGCCUUUUGCUGCUUGCCAUGAAGAGCUUCCCCCACAAAACUUCGUGGAGAGUUGUGUUUUUGACCUGUGUGUCGGGCGAGGAUACCAACCUAUUCUUUGCCAAGCCCUAAGUGCAUAUGCAAGUCAGUGUCAACAGAAUGGUGUACAGCUGCCUAGCUGGAGGAGACAGGGCUUCUGUGAAAUCCCCUGCCCAGCCAACAGCCACUUUGAGUCCCAGGGUACAGGAUGUCCUGCCACCUGCGUCAAUCCUAAUUCUACCCAGAACUGCCCCCUCCCUGCUCAGGAGAGCUGCAUCUGUAAUUCAGGUUACAUCCUCAGCGGUGGGAACUGUGUCCCUCAUGCUCAGUGUGGCUGCAGUUUUGAGGGAAACUACUACCACUCUGGAGAGACUGUAAUAUUAGACCAAGACUGUGGGAGACGGUGUAACUGCAGUUAUGGCUCUAUGAGCUGUCAGCCCUAUGGUUGUGGUCCACUUGAAUCCUGCAGGUUGGAGGAAGGAGAAAGAGGAUGCAGACCUAACAGCUUUGGCACAUGUUGGAUCAGGGGCCCAGGGUCAUAUCAAACAUUUGAUGGGUUGACAUACCAGUAUCCUGGGGCUUGUCAGCUGACCCUUGCCAAAGUAAUGGGAAUGUCCAGUCACCCCCACUUUGUAGUAAGUGCAGAAAAAGUCCCCCAAGCCCAGCAGGGCUUUGCUCGGGUACUAAAAUUUGAGGCACAGGGAACACAUGUGUCCAUUGAGAUGUCCAGCCACAGCAGAGUACAGGUUGAUGGCCAGCUCAUCAGACUACCAUUCACAUCAGCCAACAGUGGAAUUCAGAUUUAUCACAGCAGCAUUCACAGCAUCGUCCUUCACACUUCCUUUGGUGUAACUGUGCAGACAGUCUGGCCGCACUUUGUCAGAAUCACUGCACCAGUUGUUUACAGUAGUUCAAUAGGAGGACUCUGUGGUAAUUUCAAUGGUCACCCUCAUGAUGACUUCCGCACACCCAAUGGUAUCUUGGUGAACAGUUCUCAGGCAUUUGGGGACAGUUGGCGAGAUGGCUCCCUCAGUGCACACUGUGUGGAAACUAUGGAUCAUAACAAUGAAACUAAUUUCAACACUACAGAGCACUGUGGCCUCCUUGCAUUGUCAGGUGGGCCAUUUUCUGCAUGUUGGGACAGGGUGAAUCCAUGGCAACAGGUGGAUGUAUGUGUGGAGAUUUUGAGGUCCUCUGCAAAUCCAGCAUCAGCGCUGUGUGAGGUCUUCCGAGAUUAUGCACUGAUGUGCCAACAGAAGGGUGUUACCCUCGGACAUUGGAGGAAUGCAACUGGCUGUGAGCUGACCUGUCCAUCAAACAGCCAUUAUGAAGUCUGUGGAGAUUCUUGUCCUUCCACAUGCCCCAGCCUCUCCUUCCCUUUCUCCUGUAACACUCCGUGCCAGGAGGGUUGUCAGUGCGAUGAUGGUUUUGUCCUCAAUGGGAACCAGUGCGUACCACCAACAGGCUGUGGAUGCCACCACCAAGGCCGCUAUCGGCAGGGAGGAGAACAGUUCUGGGUUGGCGAUGAAUGUCAGAGCCUGUGUUCCUGUGAUGGUAUUACUGGACUGGUUCACUGUGUCCCCAAUUCCUGUGGUGCCCAGGAGUCCUGUCGUGUGGUUGGAGGAGAGUACGGCUGCCAUCCCAGUCCUCAUGGCACCUGCUCUGCAUCAGGUGACCCUCACUAUCUGACCUUUGAUCGAAAUGCCUAUGACUUCCAGGGAACCUGCCGCUAUGUUCUGGCAACGCUUUGUAAUGACACCACUGGACUCCACCAGUUUUCUGUGGAGGCCAGGAAUGAGGCAUGGCGAGGGCUGCCAGUUUCAAUCACUGCUGAGGUUUUUGUGAAUGUGUGGGGCUACAGAGUGCAUAUGUCAAGGCAGAACCAUGGUGUGGUAAAGGUGGAUGGCAUAACUAAGAAUUUGCCUCUUCUGCUGGAUGGAGGUCUUGUUUCUAUUUAUGCAAGUGGACUUCGCACAUUUGUAGAUACAGAUUUUGGCCUCAGUGUCUCUUAUGAUGGACGGAGUACAGUGUCAAUCACCGUACCUUCAAAUUACAGUGGGAGAACUUGUGGUCUCUGUGGAAACUUCAAUGGAAACCGAAAUGAUGACUUCAUGACUCCAUCUGGAGUGGUAGUCACCUCUCCAUCUGAGUUUGGGACUGCUUGGAAGGUGGUAGGGAACUACAGCUGCAGUGAUGGGUGUGGCACUUCCUGUCCUCAAUGUACCAAUGACCAACCUGCUAGAGCUCAGUGUGAAGUGAUUACAGCAGCUGAUGGCCCCCUCAGCUUCUGCCAUCAGCAGGUGGACCCAACGCCAUACUUCAAUGACUGUGUAUAUGAUUUCUGUGUGUCGGAAAAUCAAGGCUAUGAUCUUGUGUGCAGAUCUAUUCAGGCAUAUGUCAGUGCCUGUCAGUCUGCUAAUGUCCGAAUCUACGCUUGGAGACAAAACACUACAUGUAGCAUUGACUGUCCAGCCAACAGCCAUUAUGAGCUGUGUGGGACUGACUGUGGCCACACCUGUGCCAGCAGCAUUGAUGCCACCUGUGAGCAUGUUUGCUCUGAAGGAUGUUUCUGUGAUGAGGGAUUCCUGAGGAGUGGGACUGGGUGUGUUCCAGCGGAAAACUGUGGCUGCCAGUAUGAUGGCUCCUACUAUAGUGCUGGUGAAUCCUUUUGGACCGAUGGCUGCUUCCAAAAUUGUGCAUGCCAUGCUCCCAAUGACCUGCGUUGUUCUUCUGCAUCCUGCACCGUUUCACAACAAUGUACCAUCAGAAAUGGCCAGCUGGGCUGUUUUGAUCAGAAUUGCAUCUUUGAGGGUGAGCCUGUGCAGCUGGGUGACUCAUUCUGGAGUGACAGUACGUGUGCACAAAAGUGCACCUGCACCUCAUCAGGCCUGCAGUGUCAGAACCAGCCCUGUACCUUUUCUCAAAUAUGCCAACGUGAUGAGUUUCAAUUUUCCUGUCAAGCAAUCCAGAGGCGAAUCUGCACCAUAAGUGGUGAUCCACAUUAUUAUACUUUUGAUGGGGCUGUGUUUCACUUCCAAGGCACGUGUACGUACAUUCUGUCUGAGCAAUGUGGUGAUGGACAGCCCUACUAUAGAGUAGAAGGUUCUAAUGAGCAUCGAGGCAGCACGCAUGUCUCUUGGACACGACUGGUCAAAGUGUUUGUUUAUAAUGAAACCAUUGAGCUUGUAAAAGGACGUCGUGGUGCGGCCAAGGUCAAUGGACAAUUCAUGACCACACCCUUCUUCCUCAACAAUGGCACAGUCCAAGUUUAUGAAUCAGGUUUUUCUGUGACCAUCAGCACUGUCUUUGGAUUAGUUGUAUCCUAUGACGCAAAUCAUUAUGUGCAGAUUAGUGUCCCCUAUGGUUACCAGAAUAAGACAUGUGGCCUGUGUGGGGACUUCAACAAUCACCCAGAGGACGACUUUCGAACUCGGCAAGGCGUAGUUGUGAGCUCUGAUGUUGUCUUCGCCAACAGCUGGAAAGCACCAGGAGAAGAUGAUGAUGGUUGUGGGACUGGGUGUGGAGGUCUGGGCUGUGCUUCCUGUACUGAUGCUCAGACAGCUUUAUACGGCAACAGUGAUCAUUGUGGUAUUCUUCAGAACAGCUCUGGGCCUUUUGCUGCUUGCCAUGAAGAGCUUCCCCCACAAAACUUCAUGGAGAGUUGUGUUUUUGACCUGUGUUUCGGGCGAGGAUACCAACCUAUUCUUUGCCAAGCCCUAAGUGCAUAUGCAAGUCAGUGUCAACAGAAUGGUGUACAGCUGCCUAGCUGGAGGAGACAGGGCUUCUGUGAAAUCCCCUGCCCAGCCAACAGCCACUUUGAGUCCCAGGGUACAGGAUGUCCUGCCACCUGCGUCAAUCCUAAUUCUACCCAGAACUGCCCCCUCCCUGCUCAGGAGAGCUGCAUCUGUAAUUCAGGUUACAUCCUCAGCGGUGGGAACUGUGUCCCUCAUGCUCAGUGUGGCUGCAGUUUUGAGGGAAACUACUACCACUCUGGAGAGACUGUAAUAUUAGACCAAGACUGUGGGAGACAGUGUAACUGCAGUUAUGGCUCUAUGAGCUGUCAGCCCUAUGGUUGUGGUCCACUUGAAUCCUGCAGGUUGGAGGAAGGAGAAAGAGGAUGCAGACCUAACAGCUUUGGCACAUGUUGGAUCAGGGGCCCAGGGUCAUAUCAAACAUUUGAUGGGUUGACAUACCAGUAUCCUGGGGCUUGUCAGCUGACCCUUGCCAAAGUAAUGGGAAUGUCCAGUCACCCCCACUUUGUAGUAAGUGCAGAAAAAGUCCCCCAAGCCCAGCAGGGCUUUGCUCGGGUACUAAAAUUUGAGGCACAGGGAACACAUGUGUCCAUUGAGAUGUCCAGCCACAGCAGAGUACAGGUUGAUGGCCAGCUCAUCAGACUACCAUUCACAUCAGCCAACAGUGGAAUUCAGAUUUAUCACAGCAGCAUUCACAGCAUCAUCCUUCGCACUUCCUUUGGUGUAACUGUGCAGACAGUCUGGCCGCACUUUGUCAGAAUCACUGCACCAGUUGUUUACAAUAGUUCAAUAGGAGGACUCUGUGGUAAUUUCAAUGGUCACCCUCAUGAUGACUUCCGCACACCAAAUGGUAUCUUGGUGAACAGUUCUCAGGCAUUUGGGGACAGUUGGCGAGAUGGCUCCCUCAGUGCACACUGUGUGGAAACUAUGGAUCAUAACAAUGAAACUAAUUUCAACACUACAGAGCACUGUGGCCUCCUUGCAUUGUCAGGUGGGCCAUUUUCUGCAUGUUGGGACAGGGUGAAUCCAUGGCAACAGGUGGAUGUAUGUGUGGAGAUUUUGAGGUCCUCUGCAAAUCCAGCAUCAGCGCUGUGUGAGGUCUUCCGAGAUUAUGCACUGAUGUGCCAACAGAAGGGUGUUACCCUCGGACAUUGGAGGAAUGCAACUGGCUGUGAGCUGACCUGUCCAUCAAACAGCCAUUAUGAAGUCUGUGGAGAUUCUUGUCCUUCCACAUGCCCCAGCCUCUCCUUCCCUUUCUCCUGUAACACUCCGUGCCAGGAGGGUUGUCAGUGCAAUGAUGGUUUUGUCCUCAAUGGGAACCAGUGCGUACCACCAACAGGCUGUGGAUGCCACCACCAAGGCCGCUAUCGGCAGGGAGGAGAACAGUUCUGGGUUGGCGAUGAAUGUCAGAGCUUGUGUUCCUGUAAUGGUAUUACUGGACUGGUUCACUGUGUCCCCAAUUCCUGUGGUGCCCAGGAGUCCUGUCGUGUGGUUGGAGGAGAGUACGGCUGCCAUCCCAGUCCUCAUGGCACCUGCUCUGCAUCAGGUGACCCUCACUAUCUGACCUUUGAUCGAAAUGCCUAUGACUUCCAGGGAACCUGCCGCUAUGUUCUGGCAACGCUUUGUAAUGACACCACUGGACUCCACCAGUUUUCUGUGGAGGCCAGGAAUGAGGCAUGGCGAGGGCUGCCAGUUUCAAUCACUGCUGAGGUUUUUGUGAAUGUGUGGGGCUACAGAGUGCAUAUGUCAAGGCAGAACCAUGGUGUGGUAAAGGUGGAUGGCAUAACUAAGAAUUUGCCUCUUCUGCUGGAUGGAGGUCUUGUUUCUAUUUAUGCAAGUGGACUUCGCACAUUUGUAGAUACAGAUUUUGGCCUCAGUGUCUCUUAUGAUGGACGGAGUACAGUGUCAAUCACCGUACCUUCAAAUUACAGUGGGAGAACUUGUGGUCUCUGUGGAAACUUCAAUGGAAACCGAAAUGAUGACUUCAUGACUCCAUCUGAAGUGGUUGUCACCUCUCCGUCUGAGUUUGGGACUGCUUGGAAGGUGGAAGGGAACUACAGCUGCAGUGAUGGGUGUGGCACUUCCUGUCCUCAAUGUACCAAUGACCAACCUGCUAGAGCUCAGUGUGAAGUGAUUACAGCAGCUGAUGGUCCCCUCAGCUUCUGCCAUCAGCAGGUGGACCCAACGCCAUACUUCAAUGACUGUGUAUAUGAUUUCUGUGUGUCGGAAAAUCAAGGCUAUGAUCUUGUGUGCAGAUCUAUUCAGGCAUAUGUCAGUGCCUGUCAGUCUGCUAAUGUCCGAAUCUACGCUUGGAGACAAAACACUACAUGUAGCAUUGACUGUCCAGCCAACAGCCAUUAUGAGCUGUGUGGGACUGACUGUGGCCACACCUGUGCCAGCAGCAUUGAUGCCACCUGUGAGCAUGUUUGCUCUGAAGGAUGUUUCUGUGAUGAGGGAUUCCUGAGGAGUGGGACUGGGUGUGUUCCAGCGGAAAACUGUGGCUGCCAGUAUGAUGACUCCUACUAUAGUGCUGGUGAAUCUUUCUGGACAGAUGGUUGCUCCAAGAGAUGUGAAUGCCAUGCCCCCAAUGACCUGCGCUGUUCUUCUGCAUCUUGUACCCCUUCACAAGAUUGCACCAUCCAAAAUGGUCAGCUAGGCUGUUACAGCACAAUGUCUACUUGCACUGUGUGGGGUGAUCCACACUAUGUCACAUUUGAUGGUGCACUUGCCCAUUUCCAGGGCACAUGCUCUUACAUCAUUAGUGAAAGAGUGAACCAAGAUGACAGUGAAACCCACUUUACGGUGGUGGCCACCAACAAUCACUGUAGCAACGAUCGUGUAUCAUUGGUGUCAGCAGUAGAUGUAUACCUCUCUAAUCAAAUGGACAGUGUCUACAUCAGAAUUGGAGUCAACAAAAUUGUAAUGGUCAAUGGCAGUGAGGUGUCUCUGCCCACCACUGCAGGAUCCUUAGCUCGAGUGCUAAGACAGGGACACUACAUAGUGGUAGAUGCCAUUAAUGUGAUUGUUCAGUAUGAUGGCCAGAGUACUUUACUGGUCAGAAUUGAUAGAACUCUUACAAAACAAGUCACUGGGAUGUGCGGUAACUUUGAUGGUGAUCCUGCAAAUGACAAGGUUUUACCUGAUGGCACACCUGCACAGAAUGACUAUGAUUUUGGACAGAGCUGGAAGUCAUCAACAAGCCAACCAGGAUGUGGAUCCAAUGACAGUCUGACAUCAACACCCUGUCCCUCAGUGAAUGCAAACUCUGAUCUCUGCAAUAUCAUCACCAACACCAGUGGCCCCUUCAGUACCUGUCACCUCCACUCUGACCCACAACCAUUUUUCACUUCCUGUGUGUACGAUCUCUGUCUUAACACUCCAGCCAAUGACAUGCUGUGCUCGACUGUCUCAGCCUACGAGAGAACCUGCUCUGUUUUGGGUCUGGACAUCCCUGAGUGGCGCUCUGAUUUGCACUGUGCUGAGUCAGACCCCUGUGAACAUCUGGACUGUACAGAUCAUGAGUGGUGUGGUGAGAAGGACGGUGUUUAUGGCUGUUUCUGUGAUGAACACCACCAUCGGCCCAACAAUCAAAGCUAUGAUUCAUCCAUCACUUGUGUCAGUAGUUCAGGCACCAUGUCGGUGUCCCGCUGCCAGCUGUUUGAAGCAGGAUUCCACUCUGCUGCUCUUCAUCUCAGAGAACACUCCUGUAACGGGACCAUACAGGACGGACGACUGGUGUUCCACUUCGACAAUGACGACCAGCUGUGUGGAACACUUCUCACAAGCAAUGGAACCCAUUUCAUCUAUGAUAACGUCAUCCAGGGUGACGUGGACCCACAUGAAGGUUUCAUCAGCCGCCAGAAGAACAUUCAUCUCCGUUUCUGCUGUGAAUAUCCUCUGGUUCAGGCUACAUCUAUGGAAGUGGGCAUCAACCCUGUAGAGAGCAUUGUGGACAAGAAACUUCCAGCUGGUGAGGGUCACUAUCGAGUGAGGAUGACUCCCUACCGGGAUUCUGGCUUCCGCUACUCCCUCACCAGUACCAGCAACAUAGAAAUUGAAAUUAACCAGAGGUUAUACAUUGAGGUGCAGACACAAGGAAUUGAUGGAAGCCAGCUUUCCACUGUCUUGGACUCUUGCUGGGCCACGCCUCUCAACAUCCCCAACCACCCUGUCCACUGGGAUCUCAUUCGUGAAGAGUGUCCUAACCCAGAUGAUACGACAGUUGAACUGCUACAGAACGGCGUCUCUACAGCAGCUCGUUUCUCCUUCAGGAUGUUCACUUUUACCAACUUCCCAUCCAUCUACCUACACUGCAGGGUCCACCUGUGCCUCCUGAGAAACAAUGACUGCACAGCUCACUGCUACCCUGGUUUCCACAGGAGAGUUCAAAGGGAUGUUUCUUUCCAUGACACUGCAGAAAUCUCACUAGGACUGCUAAGCCGUACCCAUAUCUAAGAAAUCAUGAAAACAAGGAGGCUAGAUGUCCUUGGUGACGAUCUAUUCUGUGUGCAUUCUGCUGAAAAUCUUGCUUAAAAAGAUUAAAUACUAUCCAUCAUAAUUGUUUUCAUACAUAAUCUCAGGGUGUAAAUUCAGGAACUUUAAUUUUAUUCUCACAGUAAAAACAUAUAAGAUGAACAGUCAUAAAAGAAAAAAAAAACACAAGUGUUAAUUUUAAAGGUUAUAUUAAAACCAGGGAGUUGGAUUGUGCUUCUGGAUUGUAUUUGAAAUUGUGUUUUCCUUGCAUUGUUUGUCUGUUAUCACAUUAUAAUCAGAAUUUAUUUGGAUAAACAGUAGAAACCAGUUUCAUUUAACAUACUGAGGCUUAAUCCUAUUGUUCCUUUGCUGUAUGAUCGCUGUAUGAUGUUAAUCAGUAUUAUCCUCACUUCAUUCACUGUAAUUAUUGUAUAUCUUCAAUCAGAAAUGUAGGAAUUGGGUAUAAUUAAGUUUAAUGGGACAAAUAUAUUACUUGUAUGGAGUGUAUAAGUCAGUCCAGGUUUCUCUGUGGAUCAUAAUAAAGGGUUGUGAGCAAAACA